AUGCCAAGUCGAACCUACAUUGCGAAAUCCGAAAAACGAGCCAGUGGAUUUAAAGCUUGCAAGGAAAGAGUAACAUUUCUACUAUGCAGUAAUGCUUCAGGAGAUAAAAUGUUAAAGCCGCUAGUAGUAAAUAGGUUUUUAAAGCCACGAGCUCUUAAAGGUAAGGAUUUAACUUGUUUACAGGUUCAUUGGAUGGCAAAUUCUAAAGCAUGGGUGACAACUUCAGUGUUUACUGAAUGGUUUCAAAAAUGCUUUGUACCAGAAGUUGAAUCCUAUAUGAAGAAAAAAAGUCUUGAAUUUAAAGUUUUGCUGAUUGUAGACAAUGCACCCGGCCAUCCUCAUUUGGAACAUCCAAACAUUAAAGUCGAAUUUUUUCCACCCAAUACAACUAGCAUUCUUCAGCCUUUGGAUCAAGGAAUAAUUUCCACUUUUAAAAAAUACUACAUAAAAAACACUUAUCAAUUCAUUUUAAACAAACUUGAAAAUGAACCACUUACGUUAAAUGAAGUUUGGAAAAAAUUUACAAUUUUGGAUUGCAUUAUUCUGGCAGCAUCAGCGAUCUCUAAACUGCGACCACAAACAUUAAAUGCAUGCUGGAAAACUACUUGGCAAGAUUGUGUUGCUAGAAGUACUGGGGAGGAAAUAUCGACUCUGACUAAUGAAAUUAUAGAUUUAGCUCAUCAAAUUGGAGGAGAAGGAUUUGACUCGGUGAACCAUGAUGAUUUAGAAGAACUUUUAGCUGAAGAACCAUUAACCGAUAACGACGUUAUUACUUUAGUUGUUGGAACUGAAGAAAACGUGGAUAGUGAAGAGAGUGAUUCCGAAGAAAUUGUUGAACACUUCACUUCAAAAAAAAUUGGUGAUAUCCUCAGCACAGUUAAUGCUUUACAAAGUCAAAUUCUUAAUAUGGAUCCAGAUAUGGAAAGAGCAUUAAACAUUCAACGCGGACUGACUGAUCUGUUUUCCGGAUAUCAAGAAUUGUAUAAGCAACUUACAAAUUCAAAAUCUCAAAGUUUGAUGACAAAAUAUUUUGCAAGAAAAGAAACAAUUGAAACUCAUAAAAAUUCUUUGAUCUCAUCCCCUAUUCACGAGAUAAAUUCUAGUGAUGAAAAUGAUAAUUUACCAUAUGAUGGCAAUAUGAUUAUAUCAUCUAGUGAUGAAAGUGACGUUGAACCAAUUCCAAAACGAUGCAGACAAUUAUUCAGUGAUUCAGAUUAA